AUGCAUUCCAAGCUUUUCUCAGCCGUGUUGGCUGUUGGCUCUGCCAGCGUGGUCUCUGCUGUCACCACCUGCACCAAGGACAUCAAGGUUACCCAGCCCACUCCCGUCAUUGCUUGCGAUGUUGUCGAUGCUAGCAUCACCAUUGACGCGUCUGUGGCCGGCGGCCUGAGCCUCGAGGGACCCAAGGCGAUCACAGGUGAUCUCAUCAUCAAGAACGCCACCCAGCUCAUCUCCAUCUCCAGCUCUACCAUCCAGUCCAUUGAGGGCAACUUCGAGCUUCAGAGUCUCGAGCUCCUGAGCUCUGUUAACAUGCAGGCGCUCAAGACCUUGAACAAGCUGAACAUGGUCAAGCUCCCCCAGCUGAGCACCUUGACUUUUGGCACUUCUGGUGUCACCAAGGCCUCCGACAUUGUCAUUUCCGAUACUUUCCUCAAUGAUUUGAGCGGUCUCAACAUCAACAGUGUUGACAGCCUUACCAUCACCAACAACAACAAGCUGACUGCCUUCAACUCCGAUCUCGUCAACAUCACCAGUCUUCUCAGUGUUACUAGCAACGGAAACAACAUGGAAAUCAACAUGACCAAGCUUACCUCUGCUGCGGAGAUCCAGCUCUCCAACGUCAAGAGCUUCGUGGUUCCUCGCCUCAAGACCAUUACUCAGUCUCUCAAAUUCGACACCAACCCCGAACUCACCACCUUCUCUGCUAAGAACGUUACCAGCAUCACCGACAGUGUCACUUUCAUCAACAACAACAAGCUUACCAACGUCUCUUUCCCCCUGUUGACUUCUAUCGGUGAUAUGACCAUUCAGAACAACACCAAGCUGCUUGCAGUUGAGGGUUUCCCCAAGCUGUCAAAGGUCGCUGGUGGUAUCAUCCUCCGUGGUAACUUCGAAACUGUUGAGCUUCCUUCUCUCUCUGACGUCGAGGGUGGCUGCACUGUCUUCUCCACUACCGAUAUCUCUGCUUUCUGCGGAUUCUUUGACAAUGCUCACUCUAAGAAGAUCAUCAAGGGUACCGAAUCCUGCAAGAGCAACGUUAAGGCCGCCAACGAGGGAGGUAGCGACGGUGACUCCAACACUUCCAGCGGCGGCAAGGGCAGCAGUGGUAACGGCACUGACAACGCUGUCGCCGCUCUUAGCGUCAACAACGUCCUCUUGGGUGUGUCAGUCGUUGCUGGCAUGGCUCAGCUGUGGUAA